CGGCAAGCUCAAGUGCAUUUGUUCUGUGUGGCAUUUUAAAGGAUUUUGCCACCAUCAACAGAAAAGCGGAGGGGAUAAUUUUUUGGAAUUUGGCUUAACGGAUCCUCUUUGAGGUUGUGCACGCAGUGGGCUCCCAGUCUAUCUUACUCUCUUUCCAUUUGGGGUGGUCAAUUCUCAAGCAGGUUUAUUAAUCUUGAAGACCUCAGUGUGUUAAGCUUUGCCACCACCACAGUGCCACUCAGGAUGUACAGCUUUAUGGGAGGGGGUCUUUUCUGUGCCUUCGUGGGCAACAUCCUGUUGGUGGUCUCCACGGCGACGGACUACUGGAUGCAGUACAGACUUUCUGGCAGCCUCGCUCACCAGGGCUUGUGGAGAUACUGUAUGUCUGGUAAAUGCUACACGCAGACAGACAGUAUUGCUUACUGGAACGCAACCCGUGCCUUCAUGAUCCUCUCUGCAAUGUCGUGUUUUGCGGGAAUCAUCGCAGGCAUCCUGUCCUUCGCGCACUUCUCCGCUUUUGAGCGGUUCAACCGUUCCUUUGCAGCAGGGAUCAUGUUUUUUGUUUCCACACUCUUUGUGCUGCUUGCCAUGGCGAUCUACACCGGUGUAACAGUGAACUUCCUAGGAAAACGCUUCGGCGAUUGGCGUUUCUCCUGGUCCUACAUACUGGGCUGGGUCGCCUUACUCAUGACCUUUUUUGCAGGUAUAUUUUACAUGUGUGCCUACAGGAUGCAUGAAUGCCGAAGAGUGGCCGGCCCUCGCUAAAAUGUAAAAGAAACAAACACUGAAGUGCCUAAAUAUUAAUUGUAUCUGUCUGGAUGUCUGGGUAUCAGGGGGUGUAUUACAGAAAUAUCCUAAGUUUAGACUCUUAUCUUAUCUGCUUGAUAAAAGACAUGAGAGUUGAUUAUCAAACUCAAUGGAGCUGUUUAGGAUUUCCUAAUAAGAGAUAAGGUACAAUUUUGUAAGAUAGGAUAAAAAUCCUAAAUCAAGUUAAGAUUUGCUUCUGUAAUAUGUAUUUGUGAAAAAUCCUAACUUAACUGAUUAGAUCUUAACUUAAGACUUAAGAUAGGAAGUUUUCUGUAAUACACCCCCCUGGUCCUUAACUUAAAAGUAACAGUAAACGUGGAAGCAAAAGUAGCACUAAAUGAAAAUUCAAAGAUGCAGUCAAAGAUGCUGCAGGUUUUUCUGUAUCUUUUAGCAGCAUUUGUUUAGCCUCUGUCCGAAACCCACACCAAUAUAAUAUGAAAUAAUAAUUUAAGAUGAAGUGCAAAUGAAUCCCCAAUCCAUAAUAAAAACUCAUAUCAUUUUUCAUCCACAAAGUGACGAAAACCUCCAAUAAAAUGAAAGACUAUUCUCUUGC